AUGCAGUGGCAGUCCAACAUCUGUCCGGGUGUACUCCCGCCCACCCAUCGCUCUCGUCUACCGCAGGAAAAGAUCGACUCACAAGCCCAAAACACACCGCCUGCCUCGGCCGCUCCGCCCACCUGCUCGCAACAACACACCACACGCACAUACCCCCAUCUCCUGCGUGACCCUCGUGACAGGAGCAUGUCCCGAGACGACACCGCCAAUGACCUCCAUGACAUGUCCCUGACCGCCCAUGCCGAUGCCGAUGCCGACGCCGAUGCCAAUCCUGACGCCCAUGCCCAUGCCGCCAAUGACCAGGCCAUCAUGAGUGAAGAGUUCAAGGAAAACCAGCAGCCUGCCGUCAAUGCCGUCUCCAAGGAGGCUAGAUACGGCUCACAAUCGCGCCUGCGGAGCAUGGUCAAGCGACCAUUGUCACGCUUCCCCUCCCGCUCCUCUGCCUCCUCCUCCGUCGUCGAGCCCCUCGACCAUUACUCUUCCGCCGUCAAGAGCACUCCUUCCACCAGACGCUUCUCCGCCAAAAAGGUCAACGAGUGGCGCGAUAACCUGCACAACAUGCACCGCUCCUCGAGAGCGAGGCGCUCCAGCACGCCACACACCAUCGAGUACCCCGACACCGUCGACCCCAUGAACCUCACCUUGUCCCGCCAGCCCACCUCGCCCUCCAAGAGAAGCGCACGCCAGGGCGACGAGCGUCCCCGAAAGUGCGGCAGAGCAUCCCACUUCCCGACCGCGAGCGACCGCAAGGACACUCCUGCCCCCUCCGCCGCCCAGACCGGCCUGCCCAUGCGACCUGCCACGAGCAGGACGCCCACCGUCAUCUCCGCCCCCGGCGGCGAUGGCGCCAGGAAAGCAGCCGCCCUGCACAAGAACACCUCCAACGGCGGCCCACCACCCGCCCAGCACUGGGAGGAGGAGGAGGAGGAGGAGGAGGAGGAUAUUCAUUCUCGCAGAGGCCGCCUCGGAUCGUUGAGCAGCGCGGCCGACAGCGGAGCAGAUCUCUCGACGUACCGUGGUUCAGAGGCAUCGCUGCGAGACCUCGACGGCGACAUCACCAUGACCGCCGCCGAUCCCGUUCGCGACUUCACCAGACUCCUGCCCAACGAGCUCGCCCUCCAGGUCUUCGAAUCCCUCGAUGCCAAGGACCUCCUGCUCGCGGAGCAAGUCAGCAAGCAUUGGAACAAGAUGUCCAAGGACACCCAGGUCUGGCGCACCGUCUUCCUCCGCAAGUACCAGCGACACGUCAUGACCGAUCCGCCGCCCAUCCAGGUCGGGGGCGGCGGAUGCGGCCUCCCCAAACACAAGAAGCAGGAAUGGCGCAAGAUGUACAAGGCCCGCUUGGACUUGGAUCGGAAUUGGCGAGCGGGUGCGAUGGACGCGGGCAAGGCCGUCUACCUCUCCGGGCACACCGACAGCGUCUACUGCCUGCAGUUCGACGAGAACAAGAUCAUCACCGGCUCGCGAGACCGCACCCUCCGUGUCUGGGACAUCAACACCUUCCAGUGCAUCCGCGUCAUCGGCGCUCCCCAGCACAAGCCCAUCCUCGGUCCCAAGGUGUUGCGCACCGUCGACUAUCCCUCGUUCCACAUGGCCACCGCCAGCGUCAACGGCACCGCAUACGGCGACAGCAUCUACCACGUCCCACGCGAAUGGCACGAUGCGAGCAUUCUCUGCCUACAGUACGACGACAAGAUCCUCGUGACCGGUUCGUCCGACUCCGACCUCCUGAUCUGGGACAUCGAGACGUACGAACCGAUCAAGCGCCUGAAGAAGCACACGGGCGGUGUGUUGGACGUCGCCCUGGACGCCAAGCACAUUGUCUCGUGCUCCAAAGACUCCAGGAUCAUCGUCUGGGACCGCGAGACACUGGAGCCCAAGGGUGAUCUCACGGGACACCGCGGUCCCGUCAACGCCGUACAGCUUCGGGGCCAUUUGCUCGUCAGUGCAAGCGGCGAUGGCAUCGCGAGGCUCUGGGAUCUCAACCAGAUGAAGCUCAUCAAGGAGUUCAGCGCCAAGGAGCGUGGUCUGGCUGCAGUGGAGUUCUCCGAGGACAUGAAGUAUGUGCUUGCGGGUGGUAACGACAACAUUACCUACAAGUUUGAGACCGAGACGGGGCGGGAAGUGAUGCAGUUCACCGGCCAUUCGCAGCUGGUCCGCUCGCUCUGGCUCGACAGUGCCAACAACCGUGUCGUCUCCGGCAGCUACGACUUGGAUCUGAGGGUCUACGAUUUUGUCACGGGGCAGGAGCUCUGGCGCGGCGAGGAAUGGACAACGAGCUGGAUGCUCGCUGCCAAGUCAGACUACCGCCGCAUUGUGGCCACCAGCCAGGACGGACGCAUUCUCAUUGUGGACUUCGGCAUUAACAAGGGACCGCCGGCGUAUAGGUCGAGGGACGGUCAGCUUGUGGAGAACGUGGAGCUCCUCCGCGGCAUCGAGGACGACAACACCAUCAAGUUCAAGAAUCCAUGGAAUCCGGGCGCGCCUCUUCAUGGUGUUUAG